UUUUCGCAGGUAAUGCGCGCACCGGCCGCUUUUCGUCCCUAGAAUCAGACGUAGGAGGGCAAGUUCUUGCAGUCGUUCGGGAAAGAAACGGCGGGAGGAAGAAGAAGGAGAGGUCAGGGAGAGGGUAAAGGAACGGCUUUUGUAUGGAAGAACAACAAUGAAGAUCAAAGAAGGGUUUUUGGCGCGAUGAAUAUCCGAUUUACCCGGUGAGGUUUGAUUGUUGGAGAGGAAGACGGGACGCUAAGCUGUUUUGAUAUAAAGGAAGAGAGGAGAAGGAUCUUCUGAUGCAUUUCUGCAAACCGGGAAGAAAGUGGGAGGACAGAUAGGGAAGAUGGUGGAGGAUUGCUCUUUGGUCAACAAGGAUGCUUUUGGGACAAAACCUCACAAGAAAUAUCCAGUUUUGUUGAGGACUGUUGUUUUAACUUUGGUAAUGAUUAGCAGUAUUUACAUAUGCUCAAUAUGUUUAAAGCAAAACGGGUUCUUGAUCAGUCCCAAUGUGAUGAGGGUUGAAAUUAUGAAUGAACCUUGUCGGCGCCCUGACAUUCCUGCAUCUGAACUACAUUACAUUCACUACCCAGAACCGACCACGUAUAACAGCUUAAUUGGCAGAGAUGAGUGUGCAUGUACCCCAGUUCGGUAUUUUGCUAUAUUAUCAAUGCAAAGGUCUGGUAGUGGUUGGUUUGAGACAUUGUUAAAUAGCCACAUCAAUAUCAGCUCAAAUGGUGAGAUAUUUUCUGUAAAAGAAAGGCGAAGCAACAUUUCUACUAUCACAGCCACCUUAGAUAAGGUAUACAACUUGGAUUGGUAUAGCAGUUCCUCUAAGAAUGAAUGCACUGGUGCUGUUGGCUUGAAAUGGAUGCUUAAUCAGGGUCUGAUGAGGAACCAUGAGGGCAUAGUUGAAUAUUUCCAAAAUAGAGGUGUUUCUGCUAUAUUCCUUCUUAGAAGAAAUCUUCUUCGUCGGUGGGUCUCAAUUCUAGCAAAUUCUCAUGACCGAGAAGCAAAGCAAUUGAACGGAACUCAUAAAGCUCAUGUGCAUUCACGACACGAGGCUGACAUUCUUGCAAGAUAUAAGCCCUUGAUUGAUGUGAAUAAGCUCAUUGUAGAUUUCAAACAAACUAGUAAAUGGUGUGCAGAUGCUCUUCACUAUUUCAAUGGCACCAGGCACAUUAUCUUAUACUAUGAGGAUCUCAUUCUUAAUCGAACAAAAUUAGUGGACGUUCUUGACUUCCUAAGAAUGCCACAAAGAGAGCUUAAAAGCCGCCAUGUCAAAAUCCAUACAAGACCAUUAUCAGAUCAGAUUGAGAACUGGGAUGUCGUUUCCCAAUCACUUGAAGGAACUGAGUAUGAAAGUUUCUUGCAUUCCGACCAUGGAAAAUAGAGUGGCUAACCACAAUCUUGCCUGCUGUAAAUAUUGUUGACAGCAUUGGUUCUUUUGUUGAUACUAGCGGAUUCAUUCAGACUCCUUUUUCCUGAAGAAGCAGGAAAAUUUUGGCUACUUCAAAGGGUCUUUGACUGCUAACAGAAAGGUUCUUUUAGAGUUCUCUUAAGGCUUUUAUCCUUGUUAGGCUUUUAUAUUUAGAACUGCUUUUCACAACCUAGCAAAUAGCAAGGUUGCUAUUCUGUUAUCCAUGUGCUAAGCAUUCUUUUAUUUAAUAAAAAAAAUGAUUACUUGUUUC